AUGGAUCAAACUGGGCUCAACAAACGACAAACCUUGACUCAAUUCAUGAUCAGUGUUCAAUUUCUAAAGAAGGUGACACAGUUGCUACUUUCAGUUUCAGUGUUUUCUUUCUUCUUUUCUCACUCGAAUUUGAUUUCGUUCCCCAAGUCGUUCAACUUCUACUUCUGUACAUUCCCUUUCCAACUAUUUAGCCACACAAUAGACAAAAGCUCCAUAUUCCUCCUUUGCAAUGGACUCCUAGUUUUCCUUGCAAAAUACUCCGGCCUGACAAGAUCUUUGUCCGGGUCUACUUAUAAUGAUGAGUAUUCAUUCGAGAGUGAAGGAAACGGUUUGCAACCCGAAUCAUCAAUAUCAGAGAGCAAAAAGACAAUACUGGAGAAGGAGGUUAUGGUCGAAGACAUCGGUACAGCAGGGAAUGUUGCCCUGGAACAAGAAAGAGAGAGGAAGUAUUUGAUCAAAGAAUUGGAAAAGGAAACUGAAAAGUCAGCUGCGAAGGAAGGAGGAGGAGGAGGAGAAAACAGGUUUUCUAAUUCAAAAGAAGUUGGAAUAUUUUUCUUAGAAAAUGAAGAGGAACAAAAUGAGACAGUAACUGGCUCAUUUCUUGAAGAAGAAGAAGAAGAAGAAGGAAAUGGGAUAGAAGAAUUGAACAAGAAAUUUGAAGAUUUUAUUAAAAGGGUGAAGGAAGAAAUUAGGAUUGAAGCUCGAGAACAACUAGUUAUGGUUUAG